AUGGUGUCGGCGAUGAUCAUGUCGGAUUCUCAGUCAUCUGGUACGAAUGCUCCAUCAAAUGGCGAGCCUGAUACAGGCUAUGUGCCUGGUGAUGAUACAUGGACACAGUUCCGCAAUAUCUAUCGUAUUUUGACGGGUAAAAUGACCUCCGAGGGAAUUGAACAAUUCCGGGUUGCGCGAGACGACCGCAAUGAGGUCGAGGAUUGCAAACGAUGUGAAGAUCAGCGUGAUUUUCUGCUACAAUACAGUCCCGUCAUCCGCUACCUCAGUGAUAAUAUCAAACAAUUAGGAGGUGAUCUCCAUAACCACAAUAUCUACUGUCGCCGUUGCACGAACCGAAAAGCAGGUGGAUUCGAUCCUGAAUUUGGAAUUCUCUUGUGCGCCAACGAGAUGAAGGAUCAAGGUCACCUGGAGGAUACAUUGGCCCAUGAGAUGGUUCACGCCUUUGACCAUCUUCGAUUCAAGGUGAACUGGACAGACAAUUUGCGACACGCUGCAUGCUCUGAGAUUCGAGCCAGCUCCCUUAGCGGUGAAUGUCGGUGGUCGCGAGAGUUCUUCCGACGAGGCCAAUGGAAGUUCACGGAACAGCACCAGGAGUGUGUCCGGAGAAGAGCAAUUCUCUCUGUCCGUGCUCGACCUACCUGCCGAGACGAAGCUCAUGCGACACAGGUAGUCAAUGAAGUCUGGGGUAGCUGUUUCCGAGACACAAGGCCCUUUGAUGAGAUUUACCGAUGA